AUGGUGCGGAGAAUUUGCGCCUUUCUGUGCGGCGUCGCAGCCUUCCAGCACCCGCAGCACCGCGGCUAUGCGCGCCGCACCAUCGUAGUCAAAAACGGCGACGCGCUCGUCGAGUGCGCGCUCGUCCCCGGCGCCGCGGCGAAGGUCGAGGGCUGGCUCGACGGCUGGAGCGCGUCGCCCCUGAGCGACCCGCAGUUCCCCGUCACCGUCGACGCGAGCACCCCGACGAUCCGCGUGCGCUACGUGGCCAUGCCCGACAACGGCGUCGACGUCGCCUACCGGCCCGCGGGCAGCGACUCGCCGUUCGGCGCGGUCGUCGUCGAGCGCGUCGGCCCGCCGGCCGCGGCGUCCAUCAAGGAGCUCGUGCGCGGCGCCGAGGCGCGCGUGGCGAGCUCGCUGCGCGAGGGCCUCGCGGCGGCGUCGCUGUCCGCCGUGGCGACGGCCGCGGCGCCCGAG